GCAAUGGUUGUUGCUGCAGGAAUGACGCUUGGUAAAGAGGGUCCUUUUGUGCAUAUUGCAUGUUGUAUUGGUAACAUCCUUAGCCGUAUGUUUAACAAAUAUAACAAAAAUGAGGGUAAAAGGAGAGAAAUAUUGUCUGCUUCGGCAGCUGCAGGUGUGAGUGUGGCUUUUGCUGCACCAAUAGGUGGUGUAUUAUUUUCAUUGGAAGAAUCAGGAGCUUCUUUUGCGCUAUUGUGGCUGCGGUUACCUUGA